AUGGGGGUGGCCACUGCCCCCCGCGUUCCCGCGUCCUCCCGUGGGAGCGUCCUGCGGGUGCCCGGUCCCGCUGCUGCUGCUGCUGCUGCUGCUGCUGCUGCUGCUGCUGCUGCUGCUGCUGCUGCUACUGCUGCUGCUGCUGCUGCUGCUGCUGCUACUGCUACUGCUGCUGCUGCUACUGCUGCUGCUGCUGCUUCUGCUCCUGCUGCUACUGCUGCUGCUGCUGCUGCUACUGCUGCUGCUGCUACUGCUGCUACUGCUGCUGCUGCUACUGCUGCUACUGCUACUGCUGCUGCUGCUGCUGCUGCUGCUGCUACUGCUGCUGCUGCUACUGCUGCUGCUGCUGCUACUGCUGCUGCUGCUGCUGCUGCUGCUGCUGCUGCUACUGCUGCUGCUGCUGCUGCUGCUGCUGCUGCUGCUGCUACUGCUGCUGCUGCUGCUGCUGCUGCUACUGCUGCUGCUGCUGCUACUGCUGCUGCUGCUGCUGCUGCUGCUGCUGCUGCUACUGCUGCUACUGCUGCUGCUGCUACUGCUGCUACUGCUACUGCUGCUGCUGCUGCUGCUGCUGCUGCUACUGCUGCUGCUGCUACUGCUGCUGCUGCUGCUACUGCUGCUGCUGCUGCUGCUACUGCUGCUGCUGCUACUGCUACUGCUGCUGCUGCUGCUGCUACUGCUGCUGCUGCUGCUGCUGCUGCUGCUGCUGCUGCUGCUGCUACUGCUACUGCUGCUGCUGCUGCUGCUGCUGCUGCUGCUACUGCUACUGCUGCUGCUGCUGCUGCUACUGCUGCUGCUGCUGCUGCUACUGCUGCUGCUGCUACUGCUGCUGCUGCUACUGCUGCUGCUGCUACUGCUGCUGCUGCUGCUGCUGCUGCUGCUGCUGCUGCUGCUGCUGCUGGGGGGGUCUGA